CGAGCAAGACCAAGAUGGCAGACUUGCACUCCGCCGCCGCCGCCAUGGACCUCAAGGACAACACCGUCAUUGUGGUCCUCGGAGCCUCCGGCGAUUUGGCCAAAAAGAAGACUUUCCCGGCCCUGUUUGGUCUUUACCGAAACCAAUUCCUGCCUAAGGACAUCAAGAUCGUCGGCUAUGCCAGGACUAAGAUGGACCAUGAGGAGUACCUGCGCAGGGUCAAAUCAUACAUCAAGACACCUACGAAGGACAUGGAGAAGAUGCUUGAGGACUUUUGCAGCCUCUGCACAUACGUUUCCGGCCAAUACGACCGCGACGACUCUUUCCUGGCCCUCAACAAGCACCUCGAGGAGAUCGAGAAGGACCGCAAGGAGGCACACCGUCUCUUCUACAUGGCACUGCCACCUAGCGUCUUCACAAUCGUCUCCCAACAUCUGAAGAGAUGCUGCUACCCGACAAAGGGCAUCGCUCGUGUUAUUGUCGAGAAGCCAUUCGGCAAAGAUCUUGCCAGCUCUCGUGAGCUGCAGAAGUCCCUGGAGCCCGACUGGAAGGAGGACGAGCUGUUCCGCAUCGAUCACUAUCUCGGCAAGGAGAUGGUGAAGAACAUCCUGAUCCUGCGCUUCGGCAACUCGUUCCUUGGGGCUACUUGGAACCGUCACCACAUCGACAACGUCCAGAUCACAUUCAAGGAGCCCUUCGGUACCGAAGGUCGUGGUGGAUACUUUGACGAAUUCGGCAUCGUUCGAGAUGUCAUGCAGAACCAUUUGCUGCAAGUCCUGACCCUUCUCGCCAUGGAACGACCUAUUUCUUUCUCCUCCGAGGAUAUCCGAGACGAGAAAGUGCGGGUUCUCCGAGCCAUCCCGGCCAUCGAGCCGAAGAACGUCAUCAUCGGCCAAUACGGCCGCUCCCUUGAUGGCAGCAAACCCUCUUACAAGGAAGACGACACCGUCCCGAAGGACUCCCGAUGCCCUACCUUCUGCGCGCUGGUUGCGUACAUCAAGAACGAGCGGUGGGAUGGCGUCCCAUUCAUCAUGAAGGCGGGCAAGGCUUUGAACGAGCAGAAGACGGAGAUCCGCGUGCAAUUCAAGGACGUGACCUCUGGUAUCUUCAAGGACAUUCCCCGCAAUGAGCUGGUCAUGCGCAUCCAGCCCAACGAGAGUGUAUACAUCAAGAUGAACUCGAAGCUGCCAGGUCUGAGCAUGCAGACCGUCGUCACAGAACUGGACCUGACCUACCGGAGACGGUUCUCUGACCUCAAAAUCCCGGAGGCCUACGAGUCACUGAUCCUCGACUGCUUGAAGGGUGACCACUCCAACUUUGUCCGAGACGAUGAGUUGGAUGCAAGCUGGAGGAUCUUCACCCCACUUCUCCACUACCUCGACGACAACAAGGAGAUUAUCCCAAUGGAGUAUCCUUAUGGUUCUCGCGGUCCAGGCGUGCUUGACGACUUCACUGCAUCGUAUGGAUACAGGUUCUCUGAUGCCGCGGGCUACCAAUGGCCGACGACCUCAGCCACGCAGCCAACGAACAAGUUCUAGAGGAGGUAUCUAAGAACCCUAUCAGCGCGAAACUCUUGGCCCCCCCCCCCCCAAACCCAACCCUCAACCUGGAAUAAGAUUCUCAACCUCAAAUGAUGGAUUCUCGAGAGAUUAGGAUAUACGGAUGACGCAAGUUCCGGUUGCCAGAGAGGAUACUUAUAGAACAGAAGGCCACUGAUCAAGUUCUGUAAUACAAUCGGUUCCCCC